AUGUCGGUAGUUAACGCCGUGUCGUUCAUGAAUCAUCGCCACAUGCGGUUUCCGGUCUCCCGCACGCGGCGGCACACUCUGCCCGCCAGCGAGUUCCGGUCCCUCAGCCUGCAGGACGCGAUCAGCGUGUUCGAGAUCGAGAGAGAAGCAUUCAUCUCAGUGUCUGGUGAGUGUCCUCUGCACCUGGACGAAGUGCAUCACUUCCUCACCUUGUGCCCCGAGCUGUCACUUGGCUGGUUCGAGGAGGGACGCUUGGUGGCUUUUAUCAUCGGCUCGUUGUGGGACCAGGAGAGGCUUACUUUGGAUGCCCUAACCCUCCAUAAGCCCCACGGCACCACAGUCCACAUCCAUGUGUUGGCGGUCCACCGGACCUUCCGACAGCAAGGAAAGGGCUCCAUCUUAAUGUGGCGCUACCUCCAGUACCUCCGAUGCCUGCCCUACGUGCGCCGUGCGGUGCUCAUGUGCGAAGACUUCCUGGUCCCCUUCUACCAGAAGUCCGGCUUCAAGGUUCAGGGCCCCAGUGAGAUCACGGUCGGGCCCCUCACCUUCACCGAGAUGUUCUACCACGUGCAAGGCCACGCCUUCAUGCGCCGUAACAGCGGCUGUUGA